AUGAAUCCCUCGCAAAGUUCGGAGAUCCUCUCGGCCUUGGGUAUGAUCGAUCCGCGAUACCUGAUCAAUCCAUUGUUUGCGGACCCUGCGGCGUUGAACUUCCUUCAGAAUCAUUCCGCCUUCCCUUUACAGCAGAGUAAUGGAGGGGGGAAAGUUCUGAAUAAUCUGAAUCAGAACUCGUUCAGAAUCACGGAUUUGAUCGAAAAACAUCGCUCCGAGUCGAGUAGUGGGAGCAGCGACAAAGCCAAUACUAGUGGGGAAAAUGGUAAGAAUUUAUAUUAUCCUUGGCAUCAAAUAUUCUAAUUUUUCAAAAAUUAGGCCAGUCUUACAUUCAAAUUUGAAAAUCACCAAAAUUAAAGUAAAAUCGCACAUAGCCAAGUCAACAGAUUUUUUACAAUUUUAAAAGAUGUAAAACAACAAACUGUUCGAAUGGAGCACAUUUUUUGCAGUUAUUCAAAUUUCACAUGUAUGCAAAUUAGAGGCAUAUUAGCCAUGCAAUGCUGGUCCUUGCCCAAUUUGUCACUUACUCUCGCAGUAAUUACUCUUUUUCGAGUAUAUUAUCCCAGAUAAUGACACCUGUUCGCCCGGUUAAUCCCCUUUGAAUCGCCUAGACGGCGCCCCUCGAAUGGCGCCGGCUCUAGCGUAAUAUAAUCUACUACCUGAUUCGAUAAAAAUUUAUACGGUAAUCGUUUUGUUUUGAGGUCAAAUUUGGGUGGCGAAAGGAUAAUAUUUAUUUAAGAGACGAUUGGUUAAAAGCCCCCGAAAAGAGGGGUUUCAUACGGUAAACGGGGAAGAAAAAGAAACAAGAACAUCUUUGCUGCAUGCAGUUUGUAAUCCAGAAACAUGUGCAGUUUUUAAUUACUGGUUAACACUAUUGUUUACAAUUUAAAAAAAUUUUUUAAAUUUUUUCCGGGGUGCUUACCUUUGGGUUGAUGUUUAGCCAAGUUAGGCAAAGCGAAAAUAUUUAAUUAGCACCCAGUAAUUAUGCAAAUUUGUGCGACUUUCCUUCCCAGCAUGUAAUCCGAAUCCCUGCAUUUUACGGGCGGAUAAUCGCCAAAAACACAAAAAGUCAAAUCUCGGGCCGAAAAAGCGGGCUAAUUGGAAAAUUGCGCACUGUAAAUCGAGACCGAUGACUAAAAGGCUACUGUAUAUUUUGUAAAGGUUUAACUUUCCUUAUGCAUUCUGUAUUAUUUUAAUUUAAUGUUGUUUCAGAUUCUCUGGAAGACGAGGCUUCGGAAAAUGGAGGAUCUUCAGAAGUGAACUGGAGUCAAGACCAUCACAAUACGUCGAGGAGCCCGGCGUCGACUCCGGGGAUUCAUGGGAAUAAGAAAGCCAGGAAAGCGAGGACCAUCUUCACUGACAAACAACUCCAAGAGCUGGAGAGCAUGUUCGAAAAACACAAGUAUCUCACAGUACCCGUGAGAAUGGAACUGGCCCAACGGAUGGGAUUGACUGACACCCAAGUGAAGACCUGGUAUCAGAACAGACGGUCAGUGAUUUUGAUGUCCUUAAGAUAAGGUUACUGUAAUUUAUGGUAUCAAAACAGACAGAAAAAUGUUUUUUGACCUUAAAAGGACCACGUUAAACUAACAGAGGAAGUAUCCCAAGCCCGACGCUCUGAUCUUGAUAAAACUUGGCACAAAUUUAGAAUAAUUUUUCUAUGCUGACGUUCUGCAGAAAAGACCGAGAUUUUUAGGUCGAAUUUUAUUUCCUGGCAAAGAAGUGACCGAAAAGCUCAUUUCUGUGACCGCUUUCCAUGUCUCGCGUACUCUUUCGGGCUAAAUAUCGUUGAAUAUCUCGACAGCCCUUUGAGAGCACGAAACAAAACUUUCCGAGAUUGAUACGUGUCCUAUGCCCCAAGAAUGAGCAAAGUUUACAGAAAAUUGGAACGUUGCACUUGGGGUACUUCCCUCGCAAAUUAGUUUCAACUUUUUUCACAGUAAAUUUUGUUAUUCUCUUAAUUACCGUCCCCAAUUAAGCCUACCGUAUCCCCGCUCGCACUCUCAAUCACAUUAAUUCUGUUUAUUGUCUUUUCUCAUCCGAUUACUCGUAAUAUUGACUCUACAGUACAUUAAUUUCCCAUUAUUUUUCUUUCAUCAUGUGAGUCACAGGAUGAAGUGUUGAUUUUCAUGGCAAAUUUAGGCUCCAACUUUUUAAUUGUAAAACAGACGCUUGAUUUUAGGAUGAGAUUUUCAGAUUUUUUCAUACUGAAAAGUUCCGAAAAAAAAUUUCUAGCAGUCCCAUAAUCUUUCCAUAAUCCCAGAUCCACAAAUGUCGCUGGAUUUAUCUUCUGAUACUGUGAAUAUAAUAUAUUCCUUGACCUCGUAGCCAUCUCCAAACCUUUUCCUUUUCCCAUUCCAAUUCGAUUAUUCCCCUCGACCUUCCCCCAACCCAAUUAACCUCGAAUUACACAUUCAAAUAUUAUAUUACUUUCAAUUAAUUGUCUCUUAAUAAUCUCCCCGACGUUAAUUUAUUCCGCCAAUACCGCCAUUUGCUUUCGCUGAUCGCGUGUUCCGCCGCCAAAGCGAAGAGAAAAGGAAGCGCCGGAAGAGGGAUCGUCUUAAUUAAUGGGUAUAAUAUAGGACUGGGGAUGUCAACAGUCCUCCCAAUUAACAAUCUAAUUAAGCAAAACACGGCGCUAAUACGGUAGGGCGGCUUUGACAGGACUUGACUGGAUUUGGGUGGUCCAAAAAUCAUUUUUAUUAUUCUCGACUCUUAUAAGUUUAAUAAAAAUUUUAUUUGACAAAGAAGAGCGCAAAAAGUUCGGCAACAAGUUACCCUAAAAUCGAUGAUUUUUGAUAUAAUACAUCAUUUUCUAACCAACGUAUUUCAGUACCAAGUGGAAGCGUCAAACAGCGGUCGGAGUGGACAUGUUCCAGGAGCCGGGCAACCUCGCCGUCAUCCAAAAUCUCCUCCGCACCAACCCCUAUUGGUCGCAGCAAGUCAUGUCCAAUCCGGCCCUUUUUCCUUUCCUUGGCCAACGAUUUAUCCCUGGCCUUCCCCAGUCCACUCCCAGCUCCAGUCCAGCCUCUACGCAGCCCAAUCCGUUCAUGUUGUUCGCUGGCCUGAACCCGCAGAUCUUCCAAAAUAUGACUGCCCAGAAUCAGACCCAGUCCAGCUCGGCCAACCAGUCCAGCCAAUCGAGUCCGGUCCCGCAGACCUCGGAUCAGCCGGAAAGCCCCGAGGCUAGCGAAGAAAUCGAGGAGAAAUCGACCGGUCAAUAA